UGCAAAGGGCGAUCCUUUUCUCCCGGGCGGCCGUUUCGGCAGCGUCCAUUAGCCGCGACGUGGGCUCUCGACUGUCGGAUUCGCCAGAGUAAAUCACGUAAAUUUGGGGCUCGCUUGGUUCGUAUCCCGCGCUCAAAUCAUCGGUCGACGAUGAAAAGAAACCUCCAAAGAAGUAUGAGUUCAGUGAUGUAUGAGGCCAUUGGUUCUGAAGAGAGUUCAUUCUCUGAAGAGCAAAGGGCAAAAAUAAAUGAAGUGAGGGCAUCCUUAGGAAAAUUGGCAGACAAGUUAUUUCUUUAUUCUUCCGAUGCAUCGCUUGCAAGAUAUUUGACAGCAAGGAACUGGAAUGUGAAGAAGGCAACUAAAAUGCUGAAUGACACUUUGAAAUGGCGGCUUGAAUACAAGCCAGAAGAAAUUCGUUGGGAUGAAGUGGCCCAUGAAGCUGAGACAGGAAAAAUUUACCGAUCAAGUUACUCAGACAAGUAUGGGAGAAGCAUUCUUGUAAUGAGACCCGGUUGCCAGAACACAAAAUCGACCAAGGGUCAAAUUAGAUACUUGGUAUACUGUAUGGAGAAUGCAAUUCUAAAUCUGCCACCUGAUCAGGAACAGAUGGUUUGGGUCAUCGAUUUCCAGGAGUUCAACUUGUCAAAUAUAUCAUUAAAGGUCACAAAAGAAACAGCUGAUGUCUUGCAAAACCAUUAUCCAGAAAGACUAGCCUUAGCAAUACUCUACAAUCCCCCAAAGUUCUUUGAGCCUUUUUGGAUGAUGGUGAAACCCUUUCUGGAGCCAAAGACCUACAGAAAAGUUAAAUUUGUGUACUCCGAUGACAAUGGCACCAAGAAGAUCAUGGAGGACCUUUUCAAUGUGGACGAACUUGAUUGCGCAUUUGGGGGUAACAACCAAGUCAGUUUUAACAUCGAUGAUUAUGCUGCUAGGAUGAGAGAAGACGACAAGCGGAUGCCUUUGUUGUGGAAACGAUCAAAUUCUUCAUCGUCCGACAAACAGUUGCCGGCGACCACACCUGAUGUUAGUCUUGGUAAGUCAGCAUCAGACUUGGAUGAACCUGAGAAAGAAAUUGAUGGCCAGGUCAGAAAUAACUGAGAUGAAAACUUUACCUGAGGAAGGCGUAGCAGAUCGGAAUGGGUGCAUUCCAUGAAAAUAUUAGCAAAGGAAGAUAUUGAUGGUGUAUGAAUAGAUGAUUUGAGUUGUUGAUAUUGGCACUGUAAGGUACUAUGUCAGUUGUGAAUAAUACUACUGCAAACUUCAAUUCAGCUUAAAAGUUCUUACGAACAAAAUAGUACAUGGUGCAUCAACUUUUUGGAUGGGAAAAAAAAUUUGACAGCUUUCUCACCUUUGCUUAACAAGAAUUUGCAGGUAUACCACUGUAGAAAAUGUAAGUGACUGCUCCAUUAAGAUCAUACAGGAUGUUGAAUCAACUAUGCAACAGUAGUUGUUGAGAAGGGCUAUGGCUUUUUGGAGAUGAUGAAUUUACCCCACUAUGGAUGUGUAAAAUCCUAGUGGUAGCGCAACAUAUAAAGAUGAUGAUCAUAUGCUGGAGAUAUCAGUAUUGUCCAAUAGAGGACUAAGUGCAUUGUGAUUACAGCAACUGCUACUGACUGAUGACUGUGAGCAUACCUAAAAUUCCAGUGACUUGUUGCUCCAAGUAUGCAGU